UUAGUUCAUACUUAAUACUUCGGAAUUUGGUGUUUUUAUAAUUUUAUUUGUAGUGUUAAUGUUAUGAAAUUAUAAUGGAAUAUUGUUGAUCUUAUUAAUUGUAUCGUAAACGGCCAAGUAUAAAAUGUUUUCUCGUUCAAGGCUUUUUCUGUCAAAAGCCUUUAAUUUAAAGAAUGUAUACAAGUUAGAUUACCAGAAUGAAACAAAAUUUCUGUAUGGAAUAGUAGCUGCUCGACAUCGUUCGACGAGUCCGUUAAAUACAAUUGUUAUGUUCGUUCCCCAACAAGAGGCUUGGAUUGUCGAGCGAAUGGGAAAAUUUCAUAGAAUAUUGGAACCAGGACUUAAUCUUCUAUGGCCUAUUGUAGAUAAAGUUAAAUAUGUACAGAGUUUAAAAGAAAUAGCAAUUGAUGUGCCCAAGCAAAGUGCAAUCACUUCUGACAAUGUUACAUUAAGCAUUGAUGGGGUUUUGUAUUUGCGUAUAGUUGAUGCUUACUUAGCUUCAUAUGGUGUUGAAGAUCCAGAGUUUGCCAUAACACAGUUAGCUCAGACAACCAUGAGAUCUGAACUUGGUAAAAUAUCUCUAGAUAAGGUUUUCCGAGAGAGAGAAUCCUUAAAUGUGUCAAUAGUUCAUUCAAUUAACAAGGCAAGUGAGGCAUGGGGUAUUGCUUGUCUUAGAUAUGAAAUCCGUGACAUUAAACUGCCAACGCGGGUGCACGAGGCUAUGCAAAUGCAAGUAGAGGCAGAGAGGCGGAAAAGAGCUGCAAUAUUAGAGUCUGAGGGAGUUAGAGCGGCAGAUAUCAAUGUUGCUGAGGGAAAGAGACAGGCGAGAAUAUUAGGAUCGGAGGCCGAAAAACAAGAACAAAUAAACAAAGCUUCUGGAGAAGCACAGGCGAUGCUGGCUGUUGCUGAGGCACGAUCUCGCGGGCUCAAACUUAUUGCCUCUGCUCUUGCACAGCCUGACAGUAGGCAUGCAGCUUCACUGACAAUAGCCGAGCAAUAUGUGGCUGCGUUCAACAAACUGGCAAGAACGAACAACACUCUCAUACUACCAGCAAACGCUGGGGACGUCUCAAACUUAGUAGCUCAGGCGAUGUCAAUAUAUUCCACUGUAACUGCACACAGUAACCAGCAAUCUCGUUCACAUGGUGAGCCGAUUAUUCCAGAAGUAAUGGCGGAAGAUCCAUUGUACAAGUUAAAUACAUUAAGUGAUAAAUCUACCACAUUUGCUGGCCAACCAGUCCCAACAGGAGAAGACUUGGCUGAAUACUUUUCUGAUGAUGAAGAAAGGGAGAAAGCAUUACAGGCUCAAAAAGAUAAGAAAAAACCUUCGCAAACUCUCGAAAAGGAAAUAUAGGAAUAAGUUAAGAUUUACUUGUUAAUAAUUAAAAGCAUUUAACAGUUA